AUGGCUGGCGUGAGCUUCGGGGCGCACCGGCUGGCGCUGCUGGCCGCCUACCAGGAGGUGAUCGGCGAGGGGAGCCCCACGGACUGGGCUCUGUACACCUACGAGGAUGAGUCUGACGACCUGAAGCUGGCUGCGUCGGGAGGAGGCGGCUUGCAGGAGCUCGCUGGCCACUUUGAGAACCAGAAGGUGAUGUACGGCUUCUGCAGUGUCAAAGAGCCCCAGGCAGCACUGCCCAAAUACGUCCUGGUCAAUUGGGUUGGGGAGGACGUGGCCGAUGCCCGCAAGUGCGCCUGUGCCAGCCACGUGGCCAAGAUCGCAGAGUUCUUCCAGGGUGUGGAUGUGAUCGUCAAUGCCAGCAGCGUGGAGGACGUGGACCCGGGGGCCAUCGGGCAGCGCCUCUCCAACGGCCUGGCUCGCAUCUCCAGCCCCGUGCUGCACCGCCUGCGGCUGCGAGAGGACGAGAACACCGAGCCCGUGGGCACGACCUAUCAGAAGACCGAUGCGGCUGUGGAGAUGAAACGGCUCAACCGGGAGCAGUUCUGGGAACAGGCCAAGAAGGAGGAGGAGCUGCGGAAGGAGGAGGAGCGGCAGAAGGUGCUGGAGGAGCGGCUGCGCUUUGAGCAGGAGCGCAUGGAGCAGGAGCGCAUGGAGCAGGAGGAGCGGGAGAGGCGCUAUCGGGAGCGCGAGGAGCAGAUUGAGGAGCACAGGCGGAAGCAGCAGACUCUGGAGGCGGAGGAGGCCAGGCAGCGUCUGCAGGAACAGUCCAUCUUCGGCGAGCAGCAGCACGAGGAGGAGAAUGGGCAGGAGCUCAAGAAGUCGGAGUCAGAAGUGGAGGAAGCUGCCGCCAUCAUCGCGCGGCGCCCCGACAACCCCCGCGAGUUCUUCAAGCAGCAGGAGCGAGUGGCCUCGAGCAGCUCUGAGGCCACGUCCCCGUUCAGCCAGAGGACAGCAGGUCGUCUGCACUGUCCUUUCAUAAAGACACCUGACAGUGGGCCGCCUUCCUCCUCCUCCUCCUCUUCCUCCCCCCCGCGGACCCCCUUCCCCUAUGUCACCUGCCACCGCACACCAAACCUGUCCUCCUUCUUCCCAUGCAGCCAGUCGGACGCUCACAGAAAGGCCUCGGCCGUGGGCUGCAGCCCCUGUGACUCCAGCCCGGCCUCCACACCCGUCGGGGAGCAGAUCGAGAGGGCUCUGGACGAAGUCACGCAGCAGGCCCCGUGGAAAGACUCGCCCGGACCCAGCAGCGAGGCGCCAGCGCCGCUGACGGCAGACGAGCUGCCUGGGGGCCCUGAGUGGACAGCAGCGCAGGGGGGCGGGCUGGGCCCCACCGAGGACCUUGUGUUCCUGGAGCCCAGAGAGCCGCUGCUGUUCCCCGUGGCAAUGCUGCCUGCAGAGGGCGAGUCCUCGGGCCCCGCGCAGCCCCCCGGCCCCAGCCCCGAGAGCCUUAUCGAUCUGUGGCAGAACGACAGCAGCACCACCCCGCCCGCUGCCUGGGAGCUGGCCACACCUGCGCCAUCGGGGCCCCCUGCGCCCCUCCUGGUGGAGGUGGACGUGCCCCCAGCCACCCCCGCGGCCCCCGCCCCCCCUGACGACAACCUGCUGAACUUCGACGAGCUGCCCGAGCCACCGGCCACCUUCUGCGACGCGGAGCAGGACGAGGAGCCGGCCAGCCUCAUUGCCAUGGAGGGGCCGCACCAGAUGACGCUCAGCUACCAGCAUGCCCUGCAGGAGGCCGCCGGCGGGCAGCAGGCCCCCGAGCCCCAGCUGCUGACCAACGGAGAGAUGGCCCAGAAAGAAGGGGUGCAGGCCAGCGAGGGCUACUUCAGCCAGUCGCAGGAUGAAGAGUUCGGCCAGGUGGAGACGUCUGCCAAAACUCCUCCUGCUGUGUUCUACGCCAAGCCCCCCGAGAUCGACAUCACCUGCUGGGACGCCGACCCGGUGCCUGAGGAUGAGGAGAGCUUUGGGGGCAGCGUCUAA